AUGUCGCGGGCACCACCUUUCCCUACGCGCCGCCGUUCUCCUUCGAUAUCAGGUGCUACCCCUUAUACUUCUCAGCCGUCCUCAGCGCCGGGGACUUCAACGCGGCCAUUGCAGAUCUCACGUCCUGGUUCAAGACCAACUACUCCAGUUGGCGCCCAGUCUGCUAUUUCCCCUUCUUCCUACGCUCCUCCUAACACCGCUCCUCUUGGCCCAUCCCGUCCUCACCGAUCUGAGCUCAGGGGCCGUGUCGAUUAUGCUGGUUCUGACCGUGGAUCUGUCGCUUCACAGGACCCCCACCGUGAUAGCACAGUCGGCAUGCCGUAUCGCAAUCUUCCCAACAAUGCCAACAAUGGCUCCACCAGGCAGCGGUCUCAACGCCUCAAAAGCCCUACCACAGACGGUGAACAAGAAACAACACCCACUUCUCUCACAUCUGCACUAUCUGCCUUCCAAUCUGCCGGUUCGCGAAGGCGCAUAACACCUGACGAAGACGAAGAUUAUCAGUACCGACGAGAGAGGGAACUCGAACUGGAAGCAGAAAUGGCGAGACAACAGCGAAUUCAGGAAAGGGCUCCGGGGUUACGCAGUAAAGGUAGCAAACGCGCGGGAGAAAUUGACGCGGUUCUUGAUCAAGUAAAGGAUGGCUGGGAAUUCGUAAUAGACCCUAACUUUAACAACGUAGACCUGGCGCUACAAUUGUUAGACGAGUCCUCCUUGGGAAAGGACAUGGAUUCCUUCCGGCGGACCAAAAAUAUGCUGUCUCGGGCUUUGAAAGGAUCCGUAGACAAACAUUAUCAGGCAUUUGCAGCCUCCUUACCCCAUCAUGCGUCUCUUCUCUCACAUUUGAGUGCUACUCAAACCGAGAUAUCGGCUGCGCGAACGGCGCUCACAGAAGCUAAGGAAGCUCUCGGCGGCAAACGAACGGACCUUAUACAACUAUGGAAUCGUGGCCAAACUUUGGAGGAGAUGAUCAAAAUUCUAGACCAAAUUGAACACUUGAAAACUGUGCCGGACCUAUUAGAAACACUGAUGUCUGAAAAGCGUCUGCUUCAGGCCUCCAUCCUCCUGGUACGAAGUCUCAAAGUCAUCAACAAACCAGAUAUGCACGAGAUUGGAGCCGUCUCGGACUUGCGAAGUUACCUCAACUCUCAAGAAACUGCACUACGGGAUAUCUUAGUUGAUGAACUCCAAAGUCAUCUAUAUCUCAAAUCGUUUUGGUGUGAAUCACGGUGGGCGGCAUACGUUCCGAACCAGCAAGGCUUCCCAAGGGUUGAGUUUGAAGUAGAAGAAACUGGUCCACAGGCAACAGACUCUGACGCCUCUCCGACCUUUCCAAAUUCCCGCCAAACCCGGUUGACUAGGUUUCUGAAUUACCUUGGCCUGCGGCCGAACGAACCUCCUUACGACCUCAAUGAAAGCAAUUUCCCCUCUGCGAAUGCCUCAACGUCGAUCAUACCAAUGGCCGCGACUAAUGCGAGCUCAUUCCUAUCAUCCAAUCCCAAUCCCGAAGCCGAUUCGUUUGCGUACAUGGAAACCUUGCUCGAGUCUCUUGCCGUGCUUGGCAAGCUCGGCAAUGCUCUUGACAGCGUUGCCCAGCGGCUUCCAAAUGAAAUAUUUGCCCUCGUGGAAACAACUUUGGACGAGGUCGAAGAAAGAGCAGAGUAUGGAAAGCGGAAAUCGUCAAUCAAUUCAACUGGUGGCUUGGGGCGGUCUGAUGGAGUCUACACAUUCGUCACUGGUCCAUCUUCUGCCGGCAACCCAGCUUCAAGGAUGAAGGCGCCCCUUCUCAAGGCUUCGACCCUACGGCUCUCCGUGCUGGAAUCCCUGGCUAAACGUGUUGACCACGAAAUCAUUAGAGAUCUUUUCUGGACGCUAUAUUCCAAACUGGAUGCUGUUGCACAGGGCUUGCGAGUCGUUACAGAGGUUGCAAACCGGAUUGGAUCAAGAAGGGACUACAAAGAUUCUUCUGGGACAAAGCCAGCAACGUUAUUCCCUUUGUCAGAGAUUUGGAAUCACGUCCAGGCUGAGGUUAGAACCUUGAUUCGAGAUUACCUUGUGGACGAACAACAAGGGUCCUCUGCGAGCAGAAACCCUAUAUCAUCUAUCAACGAGAUCCUUCGGGACGGAAAAUUCAACAAAGAACGGAUAAAACCCGUUUUCCGUUUCUCCGACACGGACAUGAAGGUGGCCAACAAAGCAUUACGGCCUCACGAGGAUGGUUUGACAAGAGUGUUGAAAGACACGAUGCCAGGUCUAGCACCAAGUGCUGCCAGCGAUACCGCCCAAACCAUUGUGAGCAGUGCCAUGGACGAUCGGUUACUAGGAACGGAUCAACACCAUCGUCUUUUGAUUCGCCCUGAUGCCUUCCAUGUCACGGUCCUGUUUCAGCCGACGCUCAGCUUCCUUCAACACGUCUCAGAAGUUUUGCCUUCAGGAAUUGAAGCGGCCCAAGCCUCGAGUGCUGUCUUGGAUGAGUUCGUCUUAAAAGUAUAUUUGCCUCAGCUCGAGGAGAAGGUUCUAGACCUAUUUCACGAUGCCGUCACUGGUCCUGAAGCAUUCCAACCUGACCUCCUCUCCUUGCGACUGUCGCACGAGCCACUUGCAAAAGCUAGCACACAUUUAAUGGCCUUGAUCAACUCUUUGUGCGCCAUGCACAGUACCAGCCCGUUCCAUCGAGAAAACUAUUCACGGCUGAUACUGGGCGUUGUUAUACAAUUCUACCAACGCUGCAGCGAUCGUUUCCAGGCAUUGACGACGGCAUCUCCAGUCGAAAUCGGGCACGAAGCGCGUGUAGCCAUAGCAGCGCAGUGGGCGCAAAGAUCAGAGCUUCAGCCUACUUUUAGUGAACUUAUCAAAAUACAGCCUAGCGACCAAGUGAAGUUGGAACAACUCCAUCGUCAAGAGGCCAACAUUGAAACGGAACUUCUGGGAAACAAGCAAGUCACUGGAGAAGAUCUUCUUGUUUCAACUAGGAAUCUUGCAGGCUUAGCGUCCCUCCAUCGUAGUGUGUCCUGGUUCUCAUCUGAGCUCAACGCUUUGAAAUCUAGACCAGAAGAGGCAAUGUCGGCCGUCAGCCCCAGCAAUCUGGAACCACUAAGUGGAAUGACACCAUUCACACCGCACUUGCCGUCAAUACCUCCCGAACCAAUAUUGGACCAACUGAGUCUAUCCCUUUCGAGAGAAAUGGCAUUGCGAUUCCAAGCGCUACUUAGGACAUAUGAUCAAUUAUCUAACCUCAUCCUAGACACAAUUCGAUUGGAUCUACGCUGUCGAACAAUUCACUACCUGGAUUCUGCUAUGCGUCACGGUACUUACGACUCGAGUUAUGAAGCCGUGGAGCCCGACCCUUAUAUCGUCGAUCUCAACACUCAACUAAUACAAUGCAACGAAUUCCUUUCAACCGGUCUACCAGAACGAGAGCGACAGUACAUUUUCUCUGGCCUAGGUCACCUCAUGGAACAUAUGUUGAUCAAAAGUGCACGACAUCUGCGCCGUCCGAAUGACUUUGGGAUCAAAAAGAUUAUGCGAAAUAUCCUUGCUUUGCAACAAGGGAUUAAGACCCUCACGCAGGAUCAGCAAGAUUCCGAGUUCGAAAGGGCGAAGUCGUAUUACUCCCUUUUCUUCAUCUCUCCACAGGAUAUGCUCAACGGAAUCCGACGAAAGCAAAUCUUCACCUUCGAUGAGUAUCAAGCCAUGCUCAACUUGCAAUGUGGAGUUGACCCCACCUUGGGGCCAGAUGCUGCAGGGAGGGCUGUUGACCGUAAUUAUAGCAUACUUCAGUGGGCGGAUUACUUUGAUACACAAGGCGUUUCUUACGCCUUCUAUUCCGCUGCUAACGUUGCCGCUCUUCAGCAAGCACGGAGAGAAGCCGCAGAAGUUGAUGAUGAUAAAUUGGGGCCUGAGCCGGACGAGGAGGAAGAGGCAGAUGCUGCGAUUGUGACCAACCCACCUCAAGAAGAAUCCGACCCGCAAGAACCAGCGUCAAUGGACGGUGAAGAGGAUGAGAAUCAAGAAGGGGAAGAUUACUUUUCCGCUGAAGAGGACUCUGAAGAAGAUCAGGAUCCUCGUUCCAAGAUUCUAACAGUACAGGAACUGGAAGACAUGUUCAUAACGCAAGCUCCUCAGUUGUCCGAAUUUGCGGACUCUACAGGGCAACCUCCUGCAAGGCUGGUAGUUGGACUCGUAGGGUACCCCAAUGUCGGGAAAUCGAGCACCAUCAACUCUCUUCUUGGAGAGAAGAAGGUCAGUGUAUCGUCUACACCAGGGAAAACGAAGCAUUUCCAGACAGUCCAUCUAUCUGAUUCUAUUAUGCUAUGCGAUUGUCCGGGGCUCGUUUUCCCUCAGUUUGCGACGACAAAGGCAGAUCUUGUUUGCGACGGCGUCCUCCUAAUUGAUCAGCUCCGGGAGUACACUGGACCAGUCUCGCUUCUCGUGAGACGGCUUCCUAAGCAAAUUCUUGAAAGCGCAUAUGGCUUAUCCAUCCGGACGUUUGAAGUUGAAGAAGGAGGGGAUGGAAGAGUAACGACAGAAAAUUUCCUUAUUGCAUAUGCUAUCGCCCGUGGCUACAUGCGCUCAGGCCAGGGAAACCCGGACGAAGCACGGGCUGCUCGAUACAUUCUGAAAGACUACGUGAAUGGGAAACUUCUCUUCUGCCAUCCACCUCCAGGAGUGCCCGAGGGCCAAUUCAAUGAAUCAACCUACAAGAACGCACUUGCCCGGUUGGCAGGGAAGAAGCAUGCGCCUGUGACACGGGUUGGCAAAGACUCGGACACUUAUGUUCCUCCCAACCGUCUCGAUUCCAAUGACACUAGUCGUACUGUGCAAGGACAAGGAGUGAAAUCCCGUUUGGUUGACCGGGCAUUUUUUGAAUCGAAUUCUGGUCUCCAUUCUCAGGCCUUCAUUCAAGAAAGUGGAAAAGAGUUCACUCGGACGAAGCUCUACCCGCACCAAAAUGCUGUCGCGCCUGAUGGAACAACCAUCAACGCAAAGCAAGCUCAGCUUCUUGCCCUCCUUCAGAAUACAGAGACUGGCAAGAAGCACAAGAAGAUGAAACGCGUGAAGCAGAGGAGUGGGAAGGGUUAUGAUAUUAACUGA